AUGCAAGGUAAAAUAUUUUUUUAUAUUUUUUUAAUAAAUUAUAUUAAUUUUGCUACAUCCACUGGAAGUUGUUAUUAUCCCUCAAAAACUAUUGAUAAUUCAUGUCUUAAUGUUGUUAUUGAUACUGUUUCAUACUCAAAAUGUACUCAAGGUCUUGUUACAUUAUAUUGUCUAUAUAAUGCUGAUAAUAAUAAUUAUGCCUGUUGUUCAGACAAUGUUGAUCUCACAAUGAUUAGUAUUGAUAUAAUUGAAGCAAUUGUUGCAUUUACACCACCACCAAUAUUAGAUGAUAUAACGACAACAGUAGCAAUAUCCUCAACGAUAGGCUCAAAAAAUAAUAAAGAUUGUGUUGAUUUAUCAAAAAGUUGUAAUUUAUAUAAAAAAUUUUGUAAUAUAAAUCAUUAUCAAGUAAUUUGUCCAAAUACAUGUGAUAGUUGUGGUGUUACAUUUCCACCACCUGUUAAUGCAUUAUCAACAAAAAGCAUAUGUAAAGAUUUAUCAAAUAAUUGUUCAGAGAUGGCUAAAUAUUGUCAGGAUGUUACUUAUAUUAAUAUGAUGUCAUCUGUUUGUGCUGCAACUUGUAAAAAAUGUGGUGAUCCUAGUACCUGGAAUAACAAUACAAUGAUUGUCCAUAAUCCAAAAACUGAUAAAUGUAAAAAUGAUAAAACAAAUUGUAAUAUAAAAACAAUAUAUUGUCAAAUAUUUUCUUGUUAA